AUGGGCUUCCUUCUUCUCAGCGAACUUAUAGUUUUUAAUCAGCAUAGAGACAUAGUAAUGGAGAGACCAAUUUUCAUAGGAGCAAAGUUCGAAAUAUUUGAUAUAUGGAAUAUUUAUACAUACGAACAAGUUUACUUGGAUAUCAAAGGCAGUAUUAGAUAUAGCAGUCAUAUUGAAAAAGUUCGCAAAAAUUUCAGUGUG